CCUAACACUAAAAUGGCGGCGAACCGCCAGGCCCAACUGGGACAGUACCGCUGAUCAAUCAUGAUUUCUAAACAGAUUUAUUAGUUGUGAUGCUUUUUACCCUUUCAUGUAAACGGAUAGGAUUAAGGAUCGUAAGAUGUAUAAUGGAGUGUCUCGCAAUUUGCUGUCAGAAAAGUCACGAUCCUAUAGUCCUUCCAGAUGGAGAGAGUAUCCUUCUUGGUCGGGGACCGCUAACCAGAAUAACAGACAAAAAAUGUUCAAGGAACCAAGGCAAGUUGAAUCAAAUUGUACUGCAGACAAUAAAUACAAUCAAACAAAUAACUUAAAUAAAUCGUGAAGAAGACUCUCUGUACAAGAAAGUCAAGAAAUACCUAUGGGGGAGGGGGGGUACUAAAGGGUAGUUUGGAUAGUAAAAGUAUGCUAUCAAAAUUUUCAUGUUGCUCUUCCAACAAAAGAAAUGUCUCCUUUGUUCUCUUGCUCUAGUUUUCCAAAUUUGUGGACAUGACAAUAUUAAUCUAAGCUAAAUACCUCAGACAACACAAAUACAGAAACAAUUUCCACUCUCCGUUUUCGUCUUUAUUGACUCUUUAAUUGUCUCUGCUUUACAAGACUUGGGUGACUGCGAUUUCCCGCCAAAAUAACCUCGAGUGCCAUUUGGGUUGCCACACCUGUUGAUUGAGUUAUUUUACAUUGGUUUCCCUGUGUUGCAGAUGGACGGUCAGAGGCGGUCGGUGUACAGUCACGUGAUUACUAAAGUUUCUGGGAUGGAUAAAUUUUCUUUGCUAUGGGGCUCCACCCAUGCACGCGCGCUUUGCGUGCUUCAAGCUCCGCUAUAAAAGGGACCCCUAACUUUCUAGUCUAUAGUACCAUGGUAUCUUUGUACAUCAUUAUAGUUCUUAUCUUUCUUGCUUCUGUUUUUCAUUGUAAAGUUCAACUCACAGCCAAUUAUGCAAGAAAAGAAGUGCGAGUUACCCAGGUAAAAGUAAUACACAGUGUAAUUUCAGUGAAAGGAAAAUAAUUAUCCCGAGCAUCCUUUAGGGGUUAUUAAUUAGAUUAUCCUUGCUGUGAAAUAUGCAGGCGACUUCUAGUUUGUUUCUUCAUUUGUGAAUUGAAAUAAUGAAAUUUUUUUAUAUCAAAUGAGUCGUAUUUUGAACUGUGGAUAAACAUAUGAAAGUGGAUGAUCCUUGCAGUUGAUUAAACAACCUAAAUGGUUGAAAAGAAACUUGAAAAAGUUGAGGUUUGAAUAAUAAUCAAACCCAGGACACAAUGCUUUAUCCUUUGAGCUAAUCAAGGUCAUUGUGGGUUCAUGAUAUACUUGAUGGUAUGGGCAGUUGUUCUGUAGAUGCUUAUAUACAGGGUAUUAAUCACAAGUCACUGGCCAGUGAAUGAAAUUCAUGAUGUCACCCGUGAUAGUUUUACAGAUAAUGCUGACCAUUUAGACUCCCUUUGUUAAAUAGUUGAAAUAUCCAAACAGAAAUCUGGGGUGAUGAAUGUCUUGCCAUGAUGAUCAUUUAUCAUACCUCAUUUAAUUUUUUUAGCUAGGAAAUAAUUCAAGUUCUGUUGGAGGCAAAACUCUGAGCAAAGGAGGUUCAGUUUGUCUUGGACCUGGAGGAACAUUUUGUAUCCUUGGGGACAGUUAUCGCCACUAUAUUCACUUCAACUCUACCACUUCUUCAGGGAGAAAUCAUGCUGAGGGGGAACCUUCAGCAAAGAAAGCUCGUUAUGAUACACUGAGUGAUUCGGAUGAGGACCAUCUUACCUCUGAAGAUCUUGAGGAUAUUGGCAGAGAAUUUGGUCAAGAGAUGGUUGAAAAAAUUCAAAAGACAAAUAAAAACAAAGAUGAUUCGAACAAGACUGCUAAGAAGGAGGAUUUGAUUACCAGUCGCUCUGUUUUAAAAGAUUCAUGGGAGGAUAUUGAUCAAAAGCUUAUUGUAUUUACAAGUAGUGGAAUUAAGGCAAGAUCAAAGGUAUGUCUAUCUAUCUCGUAGGGAGAUUUAGAAGCUGUCACUUGGAGUGUCAGCCCUUUGUCAGAGGUAAUCAAGGGAUUGUGGGUUGUGUGUCAUUUAUUUUAUACCACAAAUAAGUUGAAGGAAAGUGUUUGUUUGUUCCAUAUGGGGAUAAAUAGAGACAAUUCAAAAAAGUGAGGGAAGAAUUUUCCUAUCCACUCGUACUUCAGACAAGCGCAUUAAAUUUGGUCGUCCGAAACCCAAGAGUUCUUGUCCAAAAAGUUUAACUCAAAACUCAAAACUCUAAAGCAAUCGGGCAUUUAAUGUUAUUAAUCACAUUAUUACGCUUGUAAAUACCGAAAAUGAAGAUUGUAAAAACAAAUGAAAUGACUGAGGAAUGGCAAAGUUAGAAGGAAUAUUUAACCUUAUUUUGUCGAGUAUGAGGUUUGUUUUUCUGAUUUUUGAGGUGAAUUUUUAUUCAACUGUAAUUUGAAGACAAUUUUCAACUGUUUCAAUCUUUAUUUUUUCUAAUUAGAAAUGCGCUUUUGUCCCACGGACAAGUCAUGUCAAAGGUUUACAUGUCUGAACUAAAUUUCUACCUGUCCCGGACAAUCAGACAUAGGUUUUGGUGCACCCUGCCCCUCCCCCUGCUACGGGAGUGCAUUCAUAUGUCUAUCUGUGGUUGUUUAAAGAUGAGAUUUGUGGGUCUACAGUUAAUUACCAACUUGUUAGGUAACUUAGUGUUAGCAUUACCAGGAGACUUAAAAGCAGAAGACCCAGGUUCCAUUCGUAACAGGCCAGAUCUAUACUCAGGGUCUUGAAGUUGCUGAGGAACAGAAGGAACUGCAAACAGUUGAACCAUCUCUAGUCUUCUUUACCAUCUCACAGGCAGUGCUUUCACCUCUGUCCCACAGCCCUUUCACUUAAUAGGGAGUGUCAAGAUGGGGUCAGCAAUGAGAACGUCAAAAAUGCAAUAUUAUUAUAGGUGUAGAUUAGCAAUGUGUUGGCAAACUUUUUGUUACAUUUCUUUGCCUACACUGCAUUAAUAGUACGUGAAACUGCCUAAUUUCAUGUUUCAUCAAUAAUGGACAUAGGGGAAGAUGAAUUUCACGACCUCUUUUUUCAAUUAUGGAAUUCAACUCCAGGGGAGCUGGCCGACAUGUGACAAAGAGAACCUGUUGGGAUAACUACGCAUAAGUUCCAAACAAAUUAUGCAAAGUCUCUUUUUAAGUGAUGUUUACACCGUCCUUACCAUAGUUAAAUCUUUAAAUCUAUCUUUUCUGACUGUGGGAUGUAAAAGAAGCCCUUAGUCAGCUGCACAUAUUUUUUUGGUGAGUGAGAAAUCUGUCUGUGAAGAGAAAGAUUUUUAACACACUGAAGGGGAUACGCUCUUCACUGUGUGAGUGUGAGCUAAAAAGUUUGUCAAUUAUAUGGUUUUGGCGAAGAGGUGUGGUAGCCAAGCGAAGGUCUGUAUUCAAGCCUUGUUGUCACAUUGUUUACUUAAACAAGAAACUUUGCUCCAAAUAAUUUAUUUGUUUCUCUUCACCCCUGUGAAUUAAUGACUGUACAAGUAGAGUUAUCCUGUAAAAUGUGAUCCAAAGGGGAGCAGCAGUACUCCUAGUCUUUCAUACUUCUACAGAAACCAGGACAUGCAAGCUUCAGUCUUAUGAGUCAGUGGCUUGAAUGCAGACUUUUACCUUAAUCCUGCUAUCGAGGUUAACUAUAAUGAUUAUUACGAAUUUCAUUCAUAGAUUUCAUUCAUACUAAAACUGUUGCAUCUGAUUUUCUGUGAUCUUAAUGACAUGUAUUACUAUUUGAAUUGUCUAAGAUUGCAGGUUUUGAUCUUGACAGCACCCUGAUUACAACCCAGUCUGGGAAGGUGUUUGCUGCAUCAAUAACAGAUUGGAGGUGAGUUGCACAUGCACCCUCCAAAUUGUAACCCCUUACAUAGUGCGAAAGAAUGAGCGACAAUGAAAGUCAGAGCAAAGAUUUUGAAAUGACUUAUGACUUUAAUAAAUUUUUUUCAUCCAGAAUUCUUUAUCCAGAAGUCAUUCCAAGAUUAAGUGAACUUUGGAAAAGUGGAUACAAGGUAGUUUAAUUGUGAUAUUUCUAAUAACAAUAUUUAAAAGUAACUAAUUUAAUUAUUCAGGAGUUCGAAUCAUUCUUGCAAUAAGAAGCUUUCAGUGGUAGAAUAGGGACCUAAUUAAGAGAAAGAGAGGAGAAUUACUCCCCUUGAAAACUGUAAAAUUUUGAGGCUCAGAAAUGCAAUUACUAGCAGGUCUGCAAAUUGUGUAUCAGAUGAUCUCACAUUGCUGCAAUUUUUAGCGGAGCUCCACGCACGCAGAGCCCCAUAGCUAAGGAAAUGACGUAAUCUACCCAUCUGAGAAAAUUUGGUAAUCACGUGACCGUACACCAAGCGAACGAGCGAGCGAUCGUCCGUCCGCACCACAGGCGUACCAAUGUAAAAUAACUCAAUCAACAGGUAUGGCAACCCAAAUGCAACUCAAGGUUUUAUUUGGAAAGAAAUCACAUGGCCGCGCGGACUUUUAGGAAGAAAAAACAACAACAAAGUCGUGUCUUUUUCGGCAUUAUUUUUUAUGUUUACACUAAUGUGGAGAACAGAGAAAGAGCUAGAGCGAGUUAUUGAAAACAAAGGAGACAAAUUUCGCAGGAAUAAAAACAUGGAAAUUCAAAGCAGAGGUGAGAAAAUGAGAAAUGCUAGUGUCCAGCAAGGUGAAAAUGGGCAGCAGUGAAAAUAAAAGCGAACAUGAACACAGGAAACAAAAUACUGGGUAAGCAUAUACAACAAUUCCUCCAUAAAAAUAAUGUGUAACUACCUCUGUACUCAAGGUGGCCAUUUUGAAAUAUUUGCUUGCUUGUACAUCUAGAAGCAAUGUUUUAAUAUCUAAUAGUUAUAAAUGUAACUGUUACAUAUACUGCUGAUUAACCUAAGAUGUGUAGACAAGAGUCCAGUUCUACUCUAUCCAUCUUUUAUUUACUUGCUUUUAACAUCACUUUACAUUCCAGGUUGUAAUUUUUACAAAUCAGGUAUGUUGCAAAAUAGGUUACAUACAUGUACGUCAAAUUACAAUGUCAUAACUAUAAAUACUGUUGGUGUACAGUGCUGGGCCAUAUCAAUAGCAAGACAAACUUGCCAAAAGGACAACAUGUUGCUUCUGGUUAUGCCAGUCAAAAUUGGUGAGAAAGUAUUAUUAUGGCAAGUUGCCAUUGGCCAAUUAGCAAUGAAGACUUUGUUUCUGACUGUUUGUUAGUCCCAGAAUAACAGAUAGCAAUUUUAAUUGUCACAUAUUUUUUUGUCAUUAUAGCAUUUUAGACUCUUGUCUGACUUGUUGGUUAGUGUGUAAAAUCCUGGUGCAUGUGGACUUGACAUUUACGUUUUACUUAAAUUUCCUCUGUACAGACGUAUAUACCAUUAUUAUAAGGCAGGUACAAAAGUCAGACCGGAUCAACUUGGACCGCCAGUCCGGGUCGGAUCGACUUGGACCCACUCAGACCAACUCAGAUCGAAUAAAAAAAUAAAAAUAAAAUAAAAACUGAAACUUUUACCCAUUUGAAGGGUAAAAAAGGCCAGAUCAUCCUUUCUUCUCCGUGGCUUUCAGGCACCAUUUUGUUUUACUAGUGCCAGUUCCUCUCAGAUCGUAUUAUAAACUCGUGUUUGUGGUUGCGUUACACGAUGCACUCUGCUUCACAGAUAUGGAUGACCUCGAGGAAGGUAAAAUCUCGACCAUCUUUCUCAAUGAAUUUGCUUCAUUCCAAGAAAAUGAUAGUUUCAAUCACCUAGAAUAUAUAUUUGCUUAUUUUUUUAUUUUAUUGCAGCUUUUUGUCACGAAACAAAGUAGUUGAGGUGAGCGUGAUCAUAAGUUAUGCGCAUAAUUUUUGAUUAAUAAGUGUACUGAAUUAUUUAUGAGAAAAGCAUCAAAAGCCUGGUCUGUUGAUCAUAUUUAGAUAGUUACCAAAAGUUAAUUUUAAUGAUACGCUAGUGAGCAGCACACAUACAUUUCCAGUGAACAUUUUCAACUUGGAAGGAGGAGAAACCGCGCUCGCCCGGGACAAAGGAAAUUUCCGUGCCCCAGGCAAGAAUUGAACUCACGACCCUCCAGUUAAGUGGUUGGAACGUCCGAUAAACAUGUAGUAUUCGGAGGGUCGUGAGUUCAAUUCUCACCCAGGGUACGAAAAUUUUCGUUGUCCAGGGCAAGCAUGAUCUCUCCUCCUUCCAAGUUGAAAAUGUUCACUGGAAGUGUAUGUGUGCUGCUCAUUAGUGUAUCAUUAAAAUUAAUAAAAAUAAAAUUAAUUUACGCAACCACGAGUUCGUGAGAAAAAACCAAAAUGGCAGGUGAAAGUUAAGUGAUACCGACAGAUUUUCUUUUUCUUUUCAUAAUCCGAGUUGUUUUUUUUUUUUAUGAUCCGAGUUGAUCUGAGUCCAAUUUUAUUUUAUUUUUAUUUCUUUAAUCGAUCCAAGUUGAUCCGAGUUGAUCCGACCCGGACUCAGGCAGUCCGAGUUGAUCCUGUCCAACUUUUGUACCUGCCUAUUAUUAUAGAUUUACUAACUGGCAUCACUGUUAAAUUUUUGCCAGCUUUACAUUCAGAAGAAGCAACUGAGUGUGGCAGAUUUAAAAGCAAAAAUUGAGAAGAUUGUAAAUGAACUAAACAUACCCGUCCAGGUAGGAUAAUUGCAUAACUGGCUACACUGAUAUUUCUCCUUUAGUGAAGAAGCGAACACUGCAUUUUUGGCAAAUCGUAGGGGUGGGAAAAAAAGAAGAGCUUUUCUUGAAAGAAUCUGAUGCUUAAACUGUUCAUUAAUUGAAUUAAUUGAGGUGAUGCCCACACAAUGAUGAGGGAAGAGAAUGGGUUUCAAUGUGUCCAUUGUAAACCUAAUAGUUUAAAAACUAUCUUCUGCACUGGGCGUUGAUGGAUAACACUCUCCUUACACUAUUUCCGUAAAUUUUUAAAUAAUACUCAGACUUAUCCAAUAGCAACAACAAUAACAAUAAUUUAUUUAACCACAAUCAUCUAAGAGCACAAGUGCUCAUUCAAAAUACAUAUGUGUAAUAAAUUGUUCAUUACCGGUAUAUAAGCUAUAUCUUACUCCAUUUUGUACCUGUUGAAUAAUUUGUUUUACUUUGUUCUCCUUUAGGUUUUUAUUGCGCCAGGGCUUAAUGUUUAUCGUAAACCAGUUACUGGAAUGUGGAAACAUCUACUUGAUAAGGUACUUGGACCUUACCACAUAUAAAAACAAAAGUAUUGAUGAAAUAGUUAUCAUAGUUUGUAUUUUUCUCUAUCAACCCUUUCCUGAAUUUUCUGGCUUUAUCACAGCCAGUAGAACAGGCAUUUUCUCGGGGAUCAUAGAUUUCUCUGAGUUCUUUCAUUUUUUUAUUCAUAUUUUUAUGGCCUACUGAUUGCUCUUUUUAUACUCUUCCCAAUCUUGGCUACUUUUAAAAUAAAACAUUGUGACUGUACAUGGGACAUGCUGAGUACUCUCUCAAUCUUUACCAAGCCCACCCAUGAAAUAUAACUCUGAAAGUUGUUUUUUUUUUCUUGUUUUCUUGUAUUCACUCCUUUCAGGCUAAUGAUGGUGUUACAGUAAGCCUGAAAGAUAGCUUCUUUGUUGGUGGUAAGAAUUUAAUUUAUUUGCUCAAACUCUGACAAUUUUAACUCAGCAUCAAGUAUUUACAUGUACAGACUAUGUGGCACUCGUCGGAUCGUUGGAUCGUCAGUGGAGCAUUCGUAAAAAUGUCUUUAACAUAAUAAAUUAGAAGAAUUUUUAGAGGCGAAAAUGUUAACUCUAAACUUUGUGAAUUUCCCUCCUAUGUUUAUUCCUAUUUUUCUCAUUAUUAUUGAAUGAUAUUUACUAAUGGCCUGAUUCUGACUGGUGCCUUUACAGGUUAAUCUUAAAUUUUUAAUGACAUUUUUGCACAAACUUUACUUAAAAUUAUUUAAUUUUUUGACUUGUUCCUUUCUUAAAGCUUUGUCUUUUGUUUCAAUGUGUGAAAAAUGAGUUAGUGAUCACAUAUUACUUUCAGAUGCUGCAGGCCGAGCAGCAGGAUGGGCUCCAGGCAAAAAGAAGGACUUUUCCUGUAAUGACAGAACGGUAGGAAGAUAAUUUUUGUUAUUUUUAUUGAAACAACAUCAAAACUGUAUUUAGAACACAUUUAGUAAUUAGUACAAAAACAUGUUUUUAGUUGCAAAUACAAAACCAAAAACAAUUUAUUGCAGAAUAUAUUGAUCAAGUUAAAAGCAAUUUAUUAAUUGAAAAAUCACUUUCAAUAGACCUUUUCACUGUUUUUUGAACUUUUGACUGGGACCAGUCUGUGAAUAUUCACCAAUACAGCUAGAAAGAAUUCCUUAAAAAAAUCUGUAAAACUGUCAAUUUUGGAAGUUAUUUGUGGAAAACUAACCAAGAUUUAGCACCACAAAGUCACAGAAUAAUAAUAUUUCAAAGACACUUGUAUGGCAGGGGGCAAGUUUGUUCCCCCUGCCAGAACACACUUGCUCUGUGCUAUUUUAGUUCUGUAAUUUUGGGGGUUGCCCUAUUAUAGCGAUUUAGUUCCUCUCUGGUGACACCCUUUUGUCUAAUUAUUUUGAUAAUAAAGUUGUUAUAAAUUAAAUAUAAAUAAGUAAGUUGCUGGUGUGUAAUGAAAAUACUUACCAGGAUUUUUAAGAUCAUAAAAAUUUUACUUUUCAUGUGUUUUUUUUAUUCCAAUUUGCUUACCAAAGUUUGCAGCAAACAUUGGAAUUGACUUUUACACCCCAGAGGAGUUCUUUCUGAAGCAGAAGCCUGCACCAUUUGAGUGGCCCAAGUUUAUACCAGUAUGUAUUGACGCAAGUGUAACAACACCAUUUAACAACACGAUUAAUAACGGCAUCCACACACAUGAAAAAAAUAUUUGUCAAUAACUGUCAAAAAAGGGUAUGGAAAAAUGAUACUGAGAAUUAUUCUUUUCUUAAAAAGAAAACAACUUCUGUUGUAACCUGACUUGAUCAGAUCAUGUCUUUCUCUAUCAACAGAAAAACCUAGACCCUAAUGCAGAUUUGUUAAAUCCGCCAAAUGCAAAACUGCCGUCGGAAAAGCAAGAGGUACAACUAGAUUAUUGUUAGACUAACGUUACACUUUUCCAAUAAGGAUAAUUAUGCUUAAACAGUUUUGUUUUGCCUUGAAUAGACAGCAUAGACUCUUCGUUGGUUAUGUGAAAUAACAGUUCAAAAUAGAAAGGUGGCUUCUUUGCUCACACGAAAUGCCUCCACAAUAGCCACUAUUUUGUAUUGAAUACACUCAAGCCUUCCUUCAACAUCGGGCACUGCUCUCCUCGUCAAAAAUCCUUGGAUCACCACUCUUCCUUCUACAGUGUUGAUUUGUGAUUUCUCACUUACUUGGCUGAAACAGGGAGGGGAAAUGAAAGAGAGUGAAUUAUUGCAAAGUUUUUUAAGGUUUUUGCCCAAGAUUGCCUUUUCCAUCUAAACGUAGAACCUUUUUUUUCGUGUCAGUGGUCUUCCUGUCAGUUCAGCUUUUGUAUAAUAGCAACUUUUCCAUUCUGAUUUUGUUGGGACUUUCAAUGAGUGAGGAGUUCACAAACGUGUUCACACACCAUGCAACCAUAGCUAUACAUAGAGAUAUUUCUUGGCCUCGCGGAGAUACGAAAUUUCUCUUCAAGUGUUGAAAAAUAUUUCACUCGUUCGCUGCUCUCGCUCGUGAAAUAUUUUCAACUCGAGAAUUAUUUAUUAAAUAAACACCAAUGAAAUGCCAAACCAUUUCACUUAAAUAUUUUUUUUGCUGCGAAAGGCGCGAUUUAUUAUGUAGCCAUCGCAACGGUAAUCUUUUCACAUGUGAAGAUAACAUGUUAUUUUCACAUGUUAAGAUAUCACGUUUUCGUGCGGAAGCUCACCUGGUAUAUUUCAAUGGUGCUUAUUUAAGCAAUAGACCACACUUUCUCGUGUUCUCCCAAGAUCCCAAGUGGGUAAUCACACCGGUAAACCCAUAGAAGGUGUGGUCUAUUACUUUUUUGUAUGAGUUUACCGGCACAAUAAACCAUGGGUUUUUAACCAAUCAGAACGCGCGUACUAUCUUCUUAUCUUAUAAACAAUACUGACUUUACUGGAUUUAGGAUAUGGAGCUGUUACUUCUUAUUGACACCAUUUACUUCGUCAUUUCCUUUAAGGUUAUCGUCAUGGCUGGAUAUCCUGCCUGUAAGUUGUGCUCCUGUAUUGUACACAUAGAUGUUAGCGUUUCUUGUAAAAGUUAGGAAUAAAGUGUUACUUGUUUAACAGUCGGUUUUACAUUUUUUAAACUUCAGCUUAGUACUAGCCUCGUCAGUCUCUCAGUUAUGUUAAAGUGAUGAUUAGAAAAGAUUAUCGGAGGUAACCAUGGUCAUGUUGGUUCAUUUUAGACAGGCAAAGCUGUAAACCUGUUGUCGAAAUUAUUGGUUAGUAGUUAUGAUUACAUUCAUUUGCAGCUGGAAAAUCAACCUUCGUUAAAGAACACCUUGUACCAAGAGGAUAUGUACAUGUUAACCGGGUAAAUGAAUUUAUCAUAUUACCUUCCUUCAAUUCCAGACAAUAAAAAAAUAUAUAUCUGUCUGGAUUUGAUACAAGGUGCCUGUACUUAGUCUCCAGACAGCCAAGUCCAAGGAACAAGAACUCACCCUCCCCACCCAAGCCCUAGGAUUUCACGGUAACGAUCGCUUCCGGUACUGUGUUGUUACCAUGGUCUUAAAAUAACGGAGGUGAAAAAUAGUUCCCCAGUGACAUUUAAGGAUCAAUUUUCAGAAAUUCACUAUUUUUCCAAUCAGAUUCUUAAACAGUAGAGCAAUUCUUUAGUUGUGACUCGGCUUACAAUUAUAAGAAACUAAAAUGUUGUUUAGCAUCUAUCAGUUUUCCAUUGUCCGCCAUCUUAUGCCUUCCGGUGCCAAGAAAAAAAAAUAUAAGACUUCGAAAAAUUGGGAGGUGGGUUCCCAUGAAUUUUCACAAAACCAAAAAAUUGUUGCAGAUGGUUUCCUAUGAUCUCUGGGCACGAAACUGAAAAAUUGUUUGCCAUGGCAUUUGAAAUCCUAGGGCCUGCCCACCCAUGACACGUAUGACUAGUCAAGCACUCCCAGCAAGCUCUGCUAGUACUGUUAUGAUUAUAAGUCACAGCAUUGAUUUGGCUGGGCCAGCCACAAAAAAAAUUCCUUGACUUAUUGCGCUGCUCUCUGACUUUAAACUCUAAUCAAAGUGACAAAAUCGCCCCUCUUUGCCCCCCUACGUUUGACACAAAAACGCCAGGCAACCACCCACGGUUGUUAUAGGUCUGGGCCUGGGCUCUCUGCUGACAACUAGCAAGACGCCAAGCCCCCUUGUUUUUUUAAUAAGUGGGUAAAUAGUAGGGCUGACUAGCAGAUGUAUGUAUUGUAGAAAAUACGUAAUUUGAGGUCCCUGUAAAGGAGGAUUACAUUUUUUUACUUCCUUAGGAUAGUCUGGGGACAUGGCAGAAAUGUGUGUCGGCCUGUAAAGAUGCAUUGUCACGGGGCAAAAGUGUCGUAGUCGACAACACCAGCCCAACAAAGGAAGUCAGGAAAAGGUAUAGAAGAACAUUACACACUUAAUGUCAGGUCGCAAGGGAAACAGAUAGUUUUGUUUUCCCGAGUCUGAUGUUUCCCGAGACGGGACUGUCGGGAAAACAAUACUAACUGGUUUCCCUAUCAGUUCUUGUUCCAUAGACGGGUUAAGUGGAGAUGCUUUAGUCCUAAGUCUUUUCAGUCAUACCAGAGGUACCACAGGAAAGUCCGAGUACUUUGAACACCAAGCCCAUAUUGUUCAAAAGAUGGAUACUGCUACCUCCCGAUAAAUCACUAGCCACUGCCUAAUGCAAUAUUAGUCUCCUUUAACAUUUAUCCACUGGAUAGUGUGAUUUAUUUACUUGAGGCAGGAACCGGUUCGAGAGGUGCCAAAAGCACUGAUCUGAAAUUUGAUGUCGUAGGCAACAGGUCACUUUGAAAAGUAGUUUUAUCUUAACGUUCUAUUCAAUACCUAGAGUUGUUAAUUUUUUCCUUGAGAAAGAACAGCAGACGGUUCUUUAAUACACUGCUUUUAUAUGUGACGAGUCUUCAUUGCUCUAUUUGCUCAGGUACAUUGAUUGCGCCAAGCAAGCCAAUGUUCCCGCUCGCUGUUUUCUUUUUGACGUUUCCUUUGAACAUGCUCUGCAUAACAAUAAGGUCAGUGAAUAUCUUAGUAGGCCCUAUGUAUAUGAAAAGGCGGAAACUCUUGCUGUUAAGGACAUUUACUUACGGUCACGAGGGAGUUUUAAACAACGGGUGUUUACGGUAUCCUGCACUGAUAGAGAAUAUUGUUUUGCAUGAACAUGAACAAUCGUUGGGUGUCUUCUUAAGCGGGGACGGUUCCCUGAAUAUGCCACCAUUUCCAAGAGGUCUCAUCUAAAUAUACCGUCACUAUGCAGGAGUACACCUUUACCUUGGAAGCGGGAUGUAAGGUACGCCCGUACAGAAAUUAAACAACAUAACGUAACUGACUAACUACUAUAAUUCAUCUUGUUCUCCCCAUACUUUUCCCCCUCAGGUAUUUGAUAAGUUUUGGGAGCAUUAUACGUUUCUGGGAACUGCCCACCCGCCCCUUCCCUAGUUCGACAUUAAACACUUACUUCUCACUUAGGGCAAAAUAUUAGCUUAGGGGAGGGGUAGGUGGGCAGUUUCCCAGAAAGGUAUAAUUUUACAUUUAUACUUUUUCAUGUAAUAUGUCAAGAACGAUGGAUUCGUGCGUCAUCACGGGGUCCAAACACGUAGAAACGGAUAAAAGCACGACGCCAGAGGCUGAACGCUUUCGUCUUUUUCGAGGUGUUUGGAACCCGUGAUGAAGCACGAAGCCCGAUUUUUUGACAUGUCAUCUCAAAUGAAACAAUAAAAAUGCAAAUGCAAGUGUUUGAUCUUAAGAAAAACGUUUCAUUGCAGAUGAAAAUCUGGUGGUGUUUUAUGGGCAUUAACUUUACUUCAUUUACGUCACACAGAUGACGUGAAACAAAAGAACAAAAACCAUGAAACAAUGCCCAACAGAUUUUACCCUGAACACGAAACAAAGAGGUCUUUUGUUUUACGUUAUCUGUGUCCGGUACAAGACGUUUUGACCAUCGGUUUUAUCUGGUGUUUCAUUAGGUAUCAAGGUUCAUCCACCUGACCCAAAUAGUCGUCAUUUCUUGGCUUUUGACUGCAUGAAUAAUUGCUGAGUGUGAGCACUCUUAAGGAAACGUUAUUUUUUUGUUGUCAUCUUUUAUAGAUUCGCGAAAUAACGAACAAGGACAGCACGUAUAAGCAUGUUGGACACUUGGCGUUUGUGAAAUAUAAGUAAGUAAAUGUGGGUUUGGCCGAAGUAUCGGAGAAGAAAUAACACUUGUAAUGAUUUGGGUUACUAUACGAAAACAUUUGCAGUCAAACCUCGUUAAUACGGAAACUGAGGGGCCAAGGAAAGUGUGUGUAUUAACUAGGUGUUCGUAUUAAGCAGGUUGAAUUUAGAGAAAACGUGAGGGCUUUCUUUCCCCAGGGACAUGGCAAACUGUCCGUAUUAAUGAGGUGUCCUUAAAGCGGGUUUUGACUGUAUUUUCCUUUUUAUGCCCAGCAACCACUGUAACCACGUACUUUUGCAGCAUUCUUUCGUUCCUGUAUCUAAAAACGCGACGGCCUGGCCGUAAGGAACCACUGGUUAAGACCACAAAGUGACGUAUGUUUUGCAGUUGUUAUCAAGAUUUUGCUGAUAGCUAUUUCUUGCAAAGAUGACUCAAAUAUAAUCCUGUUUUUUCAACCCACUGCUUGAAAUUCGAUUCAGGGGCAAAUAAAAAAAAAUAGUUGUUGGCAAUUUAGGCUAGGUAAGUUCUAAAUUAGGCACUUAAUUUUUGUGAAGGAGUUAUAUAGUAGUUUACUACAAGAAAAGUAUAUAUACCUGGGUUUGGACCUUAAAUAUAAGUAUGAUGUAUUCACAACUGUAUCAUGAUAAGCCUAGCAAAACUGAUUACAGGAGGUAUACGUACUGUUAUCUCAGUAACAAGAGUUUCUACAUAAUAAAGAGAUAAUAAUAUAAUAAAAUAAAUGAAUAAAUGGGAAAAUGGAAGAAUUAACUAAAUAAGCGAACAAAUAAACAAACAACUGUCUAGAAAAACUUCUUAGCGCUCGAAGUCAAACUAUAACCCACGUGUCAAAACGUGCUUGAUCUAGCUUGGGUAUUAAAAUGGCAAGGUUUUGCUGUGUCAGAUACAUGUAAAGCACGUAUUUCGUGCACCUGAAUCAGGAGAAGAUUUUUUUUUGCUUUACAUCCUUCGUCAUAUUUCAGCGUCAUCUAACAAGGUUUCCCAGGCAAUGACAAUUUGGGUGUUAAAUUCGUAUUUAUUUAUCUGUCGCUUGUAUUAAUGUAUUCUUCCCUACCACAUUUUGACAGAUCUUCAUAUGAGGAGCCAAGUUAUGAAGAAGGCUUUGAAGAAACUGUUAAAGUGAACUUUGUACCAAAGUUCAAAGACGAUUGCGUCAAAGAAUUGUACAUGCAGUUCCUUUACUGACUGUUGCUCGAACGAAAUGAAUUAAAGAUCAGGCCCCGGAAUCCACGGAAAUAUACAGCGAUAUUUUCCGUAAUAAAUAGUGAUUUAUCCGGUGGAUAGCGCUAUCCAACUUUUGAACAACCAGGGCCAGCACUAAUGUAAGGUCAUUCCGAUUCGGGAUUGUGAGAUCCGUAAUCCAGCUCAAAGAUUCCUGAAUCCAGUUAACGAUUAGAAUCCGGAAUUUACUGGGUUCCGGAAUCCACAACGGCUACUCGGUUUAGUUUUGAGUUUAGAUGAGUUACAAUAUAUGUUUAUAACUAAAGUAACAGAAUAUAUCUCCAACGUUGUAUCCCUGCGGAACGGUAUUUUGUUGAGAACAAGUUCAGUGUACGUUAAAUGUAAGUUAUGAAAUAUAAUAUUUGUUCAGCAUUUUCAUUAAACUAAACCUGUCCUCUUUUCAAACGUAAUUGUGCGACG